GUUUUAUUUGUUGCCAAAUGAAGGUUCAGAGAGGAAAGGCCUCUGUGCGUCUCUUUGACGAGAACUGACCUACACAUUUUCCUUCCUUUUCUGUAGUUAUUGUCUGAGUGUCCCGAAUCUCCCGAUUUUAUAGGCACCAAUUUUCAUUUGUUCAUCGAUCUCUCUUGCCAAUUCCAUGUCUGGGAGCCAGAGGAGAGCGAAGCGCUCCUUCAUUUGUAUUUCCUCGUCUUCUGAUGAAGAUGAAGAAGAUCAUGACGAUGAUGACAACGACGACGAUGAGGAGGAGGAGGGGGAGGACGUCGAGGAUGAGGACGAAGAUGAGGUGGAGGAGGAGGAGGACGACGAGGAGAAUGAUGAUGAUGAUGAUGAUGAGGAGGAGGAGGAGGAGGAGAGAGGCAGCGAUCAAACUUCAAGUGAUGAUAAGAGUGACGAAGAGGAAGAGUCAGACGGUCAGGAGGAGUCCGAUGAAGACGAUGAAGAUCUGGACGAUGAGUCUCUUAGCAACACCGUCAUCCGUCUUCUGCGAGAAAAGAGUGAUCUACAAACAUUGAAUCUGCAAGCUUGCAAAGCAUAUUUACAGAAGUUUGGCCUAAGAUUAACAGGGACUAAGGCAGUAUGCUUACAGAGAAUUAAGGAGCAUUGGAGGAUAAAAGAUGGAAAUGGUGAAGCACAUUAUCCAAGGUCAUCUUUUGUCAUUAACUGCACUGGUGAUGUCUGCAAGGGGGAUAUUGUUCUGUUCAAGCAGAAAGUUUACGAGAAGUUUGACAAAGUGAAGCGAAAAGGACGUCUAAUAGGAAACAGAACUGUUGCUGGAAGGGUGGUUAAGGAAAGCUAUGGUGCUGCCAAACAACAACAUACGUUUACUGUUGAGGUACUGUGGAGUAGGGGAAUUAAGAAAUUGCCACCACUUUUUCCUUUGCUAGUAAAGGGUCGUAACCUCUACAAAUUGAAGACUUUUAGACAGCACUGGAAAAAUGAGGCAGAAAGAUCAAAAGUCCUUACUGAGAAGCAUAAACGAGGUAGAGCAGCGAGACUGGUGAGAGCAAGGAAGAAGAUGAAGAAGACAUGGUCUGCAAGUGAAGGUAGAGAGAGAGAGAGAGAGAGAGAGAGAGAGAGAGAGAGAGAAACACCUGCUAUUUUUUUAAACUUAAACUUCUGUGCUGUUGAAUUAGGGAAAAAGGGUCAGAAACAUUGUCGUGGUUCAAGACCAUCCCAAGGGAGACCUGAGCAACAUAAAAUGAAGCAUGCUGAUGGGCGUGGAAAGGGGAAGACCCUGUCUUUGGGACAUGCAAAUUCAAUUUCUCCUUGUCAAAAGGCUCCUCCAGUUGAACAAGAAAAUUUGAAGCAUGGGGCAAAGUAUAGAUCUGUAAAAACUUCUGGGAGGCAUCAUAAGCAUACCUUCCAUUACAAGGAUAGAGUUACUCAUUUUCAGCCGGACAUUUGUCGCCUGCCAGAUAUUUACCAAUCUCAUAUGGACUUUCACCAUGGGAGUGCACCAGUCUGCUUCUCUAGGCAGGAGUUGGGCUCCUCCUAUGCCACCACACAACCACCGCACUUCAGGCCUUAUGCUGGUUUAUCUAUGAUGCCCGAACCACGACAUCAGGGCCUCCAUUACGGUUCUCAUACUCCCUCUGCCUACUCAGUUCCUAGAUAUGAGUUGGAGCCGAGGAACUUGAUUCAUUUUCCUGGUAUGAAUACGUAUCGACCAUUAUGUCCUCCUCAAAGGAACAAGUACUUUUAGGCAUCUGGAAAAUAGGCUAUGUUGCAGUUUGUGUUGUGCUGGAAAUGCUGUAUGACAGGGAGGGGAUGCCUAUUAGGUGCAACUUUUGUGGCGGAAGGGUUGCUGGAAUUGAAUUUUUCAGCUUGUGUUGCCUGCCUUUUGGUUGGAUAAACUUGUUUUGUUAAGAGUUAUGGUAGAAACUGCUACCAUGAAGAGUAAAAGACACUUGUUUUUUUUAUAUUUUUUUGGGUUUUGUAGAAAAGGAAAUGGCUUUUUCCGGCACCACCAGCGAGUAAAGGCUACACGGAGGGUAUUGAAUCUUUUGUUGCAAAGAAGUGGUGAUCUCUCAUUCUUGCUCAAAUUAUAGGGCUCUCUUUGGACGAUAACACAAUCCUUCAAAGAUUCUGAAGGGCUAUCCUUGGUUGUGGGAAUAAAAAUGUGGUUGUUAUAUAUGAAUGGAAAGUUAUUUCUACCUUUUCUAUAAAAGAUAUGGUUACACAAACAAAA